AUGGCGCCGAUAACUCGUUCGUCAGGCAUCGCAGCCCUUACCGUAACUUUGCUCGCAGUAUUAGGACCUGCUUUCUACCAAUUUGUCUUUCCGUAUCUAAAUCUUCACUCAUCGUCGUCGCAUUUCAUUUCAUUUCCCCUCCCUCCAUCUAUCUCGAAGUUCCUCCAUAUCCAAGAUGUCGAGCAACAGGCAUCACCACCAUCGUCAUCAUCGUUUAGCUGUCUCCCACAUACCUACACAACGGAGAUAAUCUCACUAGACCCGCUAUUAAUCUACAUCGACUCAUUCCUCUCGCCGACCGAUAUCAGCGCACUCCUCGAGGCCGGCGAACCCGAGUUCGCCCCGUCGCAAGUAUACAAACGCGGCCGGAACCAAGGGACAUCAGAUCGCACCUCAUCAUCCGCCGGGUUACCGCGUAACAAUCCAGCUGUGCAAUGUGUACUAAACAGAGCGGAAACAUUCCUCGGCGCUAUGCUAGAUUCAUCCCGCGAUGAUAUCGGACCCCCGCAGUUGGUCCGGUAUACGUCUGGUCAAAGGUUUAAUAGACACCACGAUUGGUAUAAGAACCCGCAGCCCACGCGCAAGGGUAUGCUUGGGCGUGGAAGGACGUGGAAUAGGAUUGCUAGUUUCUUUGCUAUUUUGGAAGAUCAGUGCACGGGUGGUGAGACUUGGUUCCCGUUCGUGAAUACGACUGCGCUUCCGAUGGUGGAUGCGGAAGGUCGGCCGCUUUGGAGGAGACAUGAGGAUGGUGGGAGCGCGUUUAGACCUGUUGCUGGGAAUGCUUUAUUCUGGGUCAAUUUAUUUAAUAACGGUACCGGUGAUGAUCGGACUGUCCACGCGGGCCUACCGGUAGAGGAUGGUUUGAAGACUGCGAUGAAUAUUUGGCCUCGGAAAUUCUAUGAAUAA